CUUUCGGGAAUGAUGGGUGAUGUAGUCCAGCAUCUCAGACUGGACUAAGACUCCAUGGAAGGAGAUCAAUGUGGAACAGAUGGAUAUGGAGCUCAGAAGGUUUGCUAAGGAGAUGAAGACUCUGGACAAAGAUGUGCGAGCGUGGGAUGUCUACAGCGGUCUGGAAUCCAUCGUUAAGAAUUCGUUGACAUCACUGAGAGCUGUUAACGAGCUUCAGAACUCUGCUGUCAGAGAAAGACACUGGCAACAGCUCAUGCGCACAACAGGGGUGAGUUUUGUGAUGGAUGAGAACGCCACACUUGGUGAUCUCUUAGAGCUGCAGCUCCACCGUGUGGAGGAGGAAGUGAAGAACAUUGUGGACAAAGCAGUCAAAGAGAUGGGAAUUGAGAAGAUUCUUGGUGAGAUCAAGCAGACAUGGUCCAUGAUGUCUCUGACAUAUGAGACACACACAAGUACUGGAACACCUCUGCUCAAGGCUGAUGAAAACCUCAUUGAAACCCUGGAGGACAACCAGGUUCAGUUGCAGAAUAUUCUCAUGAGUAAGUAUGUGGAGUAUUUCAUGGUGGAGGUGAGCGGCUGGCAGCGGAAGCUGGUGGUUGCUGAUCUGGUGAUUGGCACAUGGUUGGCGGUUCAGCGCACCUGGGCUCACCUCCAGAGCAUUUUUACAAACUCUGAGGACAUCCGGAACCAGCUGGCCCACGAUGCAGAGCGGUUUCAGGGCAUCCACCAGGACUUCCAGAGUUUAAUGAGCACUGUCGUGGAGAUUGAUAAUGUGAUAAAAGUCACUAACCAGCCAGGCUUCAUGGAGCAACUUGAGACUCUUCAGCAAAGAUUGUCAGUGUGCGAGAAGGCUCUGGCUGAGUAUUUGGAGACAAAGCGUUUGACAUUUCCACGCUUUUACUUCGUCUCAGCUAGUGAUUUGCUGGAAAUAGUUUCUAAGGGAACUCAGCCCAGAGAGGUGACUCGACACUUGCUGAAGCUCUUUGACAAUCUGGCUGAUCUCAGCUUUAAAGAAGAGGAAGAUAAUGGAGGAUUGGAUCCCAAAACACCUGUUGCCUUAGGAAUGUACAGUAGAGAGGGAGAGUAUGUGCCCUUCUCACAGCCCUGUGUGUGUGAGGGACAGGCUGAGUGUUGGCUGAAUGCUCUGGAGAAGGCCAUGUGUUCCACUGUUCGCCAGGAGAUCUCUGAAGCUGUGGCAGCAUAUGAAGACAAGCCCCGAGACCAGUGGCUCUUUGACCACCCAGCACAGGUAGCACUGACUGGAAGUCAAAUUUGGUGGGCGACAGAUGUGGGCAUUGCCUUUGAGAGGGUGGAGGAGGGUUUUGAGACUGCUUUGAAAGACUACAACCGAAAACAGAUCAGUCAGCUGAAUUCUCUGAUAAACAUGCUCCUGGGUGACCUCACUCCUGGAGACAGACAGAAGAUCAUGACCAUCUGCACUAUCGAUGUCCACGCUCGUGAUGUGGUUGCUAAACUCAUAUCUCAGAAGGUCACCAGUGGACAGGCAUUUGCGUGGCUUUCGCAGUUACGGCAUCGAUGGGAUGAGAAACAGAAGCACUGUUACAUCAACAUCUGUGACGCACAGUUUCAGUUCUCAUACGAGUAUCUAGGGAAUACCAACAGACUGGUCAUAACACCACUCACUGAUCGAUGUUACAUCACUCUGACUCAGUCUCUGCACCUCACCAUGAGUGGCGCCACCUCUGGUCCGGCUGGAACUGGCAAGACAGAAACCACUAAAGACCUAGGCCGAUCACUCGGCAUCAUGGUCUAUGUGUUCAACUGCUCAGAGCAAAUGGACUACAAGUCCAUAGGUAAUAUCUAUAAAGGCUUGGCCCAAACAGGAGUGUGGGGUUGUUUUGAUGAGUUUAACAGGAUUUCAGUGGAGGUUCUGUCUGUGGUCGCUGUGCAGGUGAAAACCAUUCAGGAUGCAGUCCGCAAUAAGAAACAAAGGUUUCACUUCCUGGGGGAGGAGAUUGAGUUGAGGCCUACAGUUGGGAUCUUCAUCACUCUGAACCCUGGAUAUGCAGGGAGAACUGAACUACCAGAGAACCUUAAAGCGCUUUUCAGGCCAUGUGCAAUGGUGAUUCCUGAUUACGAGUUGAUCUGUGAGAUCAUGUUGGUGACCGAAGGUUUUUUAGAUGCACGUUUGCUCGCACGCAAGUUCAUCAGCCUCUAUACACUCUGCAAAGAGCUGCUUUCCAAACAGGAUCAUUAUGACUGGGGCUUGAGGGCCAUAAAGUCAGUCUUGGUUGUUGCUGGCUCACUGAAGAGGGAGGACAGGAGCCGGCCUGAAGAGCAGGUGUUAAUGCGUGCUCUACGAGACUUUAAUCUGCCGAAGGUUGUAACAAGUGACGUGCCAAUAUUCUUGGGUCUGAUAAGUGACCUCUUUCCUCUUCUGGACAUCCCACGCAAAAGAGACCAAGAGCUUGAACAGAAUGUGCGCCGGUCGGUCGCUGAACUUCACCUACAGCCAGAGGAGAACUUCAUACUCAAGGUGACCCAGCUGGAGGAGCUGUUGGCAGUGAGACACUCUGUUUUUGUUGUGGGCGGACCUGGAACAGGAAAAAGUCAGAUUCUAAAGACGCUGCAUAAGACCUACUCUAACAUGAAACUGAAGCCCAUCUGGACUGAUAUCAACCCUAAAGCUGUCACCACUGAUGAGCUGUUUGGCUUCCUGCACCCAGCUACACGGGAGUGGAAAGACGGUCUGUUUUCUUCCACUAUGAGAGAACUCUCUGCUAUAUCCCAUGAUGGGCCGAAGUGGAUUGUUCUAGAUGGAGACAUCGACCCUAUGUGGAUUGAAUCACUUAACACCGUCAUGGAUGAUAAUAAGGUGCUCACCUUGGCCAGUAAUGAGCGGGUAUCACUGACCCCCUCCAUGCGUUUACUGUUCGAGAUCAGCCACCUGAAGGCUGCAACCCCGGCUACAGUAUCUAGGGCUGGAAUUCUUUACGUGAAUCCUCAGGAUCUGGGCUGGAGUUCGUAUGUGACAAGCUGGAUAGACACCCGUCGGGCCCAAUCUGAGCGAGCAAAUCUCACUAUAUUGUUUGAUAAGUAUGUUCCCUACUGUCUGGAGCAGGUCAGAUGCAACCUUAAGACAAUCACACCUAUACCUGAGUCAAGCAUGGUACAGACGCUGUGUUGUCUGCUGGACUGCUUACUAACCGAAGAAAACACCCCUCCGGACUCUCCACGUGAGCUCUACGAGCUCUAUUUUGUGUUUGCUUGUGUCUGGGCCUUUGGAGGGGCACUAUUUCAGGACCAUCUAAUUGACUAUCGUUCAGAGUUCAGUCGUUGGUGGUGUAAGGAGAUGAGAGCCGUGAAGUUUCCCUCUCAGGGUUCAGUGUUUGAUUACUACAUCGACCCAAACACCAAACGGUUCACUCCGUGGAGUGAACGCACACCUCCCUUUGAGCUGGAUCCUGACAUCCCUCUGCAGACGGUGUUGGUCCACUCAGCAGAGACAAUCAGCCUGACAUACUUCAUUGAGUUACUUCUGCAGAAGGGGAAGCCAGUGAUGUUGGUAGGAAAUGCUGGUGUAGGGAAAACUAUCCUGGUCUGGGAUAAGAUUGCCAAACUCAAAGAGGAAUUCAUGGUCGCAAAAGUACCUUUCAAUUACUACACGACCUCAGCCAUGUUACAGCGUGUGCUGGAGAAGCCUUUGGAGAAGAAGGCAGGCCGGAAUUUUGCACCUCCUGGCACUAAAAAACUUAUCUACUUUGUGGAUGACAUGAACAUGCCUGAGGUAGAUGCUUAUGGCACUGUUCAGCCUCAUACCCUUAUCAGACAGCACCUUGACUACUCCCACUGGUAUGACCGUCAGAGACUAGUACUCAAGGAGAUUCAUAACUGUCAGUACAUCACCUGCAUGAACCCAACAGCAGGAAGCUUCUCAGUCAAUCCUCGACUACAGAGGCAUUUCUCAGUGUUUGCUGUACACUUCCCUGGUGUGGAGGCUCUGAGCACUAUAUACAGCAGCAUUCUGAGUGGUCAUUUCCAGCAGGGUGGCUACAGUUAUGGUGUUAGUCGCAUGACCAACACACUGGUCCAGGCUGCCAUCUGCCUUCAUCAGAAAAUGAGCCAGAAUUUCCUUCCCACAGCCAUUCGGUUCCACUACAUUUUCAACCUCAGAGACAUUUCAAACAUCUUCCAGGGAAUUAUCUUUGCUCUGCCAGAGCAAGUGCGGUACCCUAUAGACCUAGUUCACCUAUGGCUGCAUGAGUCUUCUCGUGUGUACUCAGACAAACUGAUGGAGGAGAAAGAUGUGGAGCUUUUCAACAAGAUUCUGCUAGACACAGGCAAAAGAUACUUUGAAGGUAUAGAUGAGUCUAUUUUAAUUAACCAGCCAUUGAUCUUCUCCCAUUUCGCUCACGGUAUGGGUGAGCCACGUUACGCACAGGUGACUGACCUUGAGAAGCUUCAGAAGACACUGAUGGAUGCUCUUGAGCACUACAAUGAGCUCUACUCUGACAUGAACCUGGUGCUGUUUGAAGAAGCCAUGCAACACAUUUGUAGGAUAAGUCGUAUUCUUGAGUCUCCUGUGGGGAAUGCCUUGCUGAUUGGAGUAGGUGGUAGCGGGAAACAGAGUCUGUGUCGGUUGGCUGCUUUUCUCAGCGUCCUGGAAGUAUUUCAGAUCACACUGAGAAAGGGUUACGGCAUCGGUGACCUGAGGAGUGAUAUCGCUGCACUGUACAUAAAGGUGGGAGUGAAGAAUAUUGGCACUGUCUUCCUGCACACAGAUGCCCAGAUUCCUGAUGAAAGAUUCCUGGUGCUAAUCAACGACAUGCUAGCAUCAGGAGAUAUACCUGAUCUAUUCAGUGAGGAAGAGGUUGAUAUGAUUGUCACCUCUAUUCGAGUGGAGUUGAGGGCGCUUGGUCUGCUGGACACACGUGAAAACUGCUGGAAUUUCUUCAUUGAUCGAAUACGCAGACAGCUUAAGGUGGUGCUGUGUUUCUCUCCGGUUGGCUUCACUCUUCGUACACGUGCACGGAAGUUUCCAGCUAUUGUGAACUGCACCGCCAUUGACUGGUUCCAUCCUUGGCCCCAGCAUGCAUUGCAGUCUGUCAGCAGCACUUUUAUACAAAAUAUCUCUGGCCUGGAGCCGGCGGUAAGAGUGUCCAUCAGUGAGUUUAUCUCUUUCGCUCACACUAGUGUGAAUGAAGUCAGCAUAAAGUAUCAACAGAAUGAAAAACGCUUCAACUACACCACACCCAAGAGCUUCCUGGAGUUCAUGAAACUUUAUGGCAACUUGCUAGGGACAAAAAGAAAAGAACUGAGCCAGAAGAUGGAACGCCUGGAAAACGGCCUGCAGAAACUACUGACCACUGCAUCACAGGUGGAGGAUCUAAAGGCUAAAUUGGCCAUACAGGAAGUGGAGCUGCAACUAAGAAACACUGAUACUGAAGCUCUCAUCGCUAAAAUCGGACAGCAGAGUGAGAAACUCAGUCAAGAGAGGAGUGUAGCAGAUGCAGAGGAGCAAAGAGUUGAAGCGAUCCAAGCAGAAGUGACCAAGCAGCAGCAGGAGAAUGAAGCAGACCUGGCAAAAGCAGAACCAGCUUUACAGGCAGCUAAUGCAGCACUCAACACACUCAACAGGUUAAACUUAACAGAGUUGCGGACAUUUCCGAAUCCUCCUGCCAUCGUAUCUAAUGUGUCUGCAGCUGUUCUGGUGCUGUUGUCUCCUAAUGGCCGCAUCCCAAAAGACCGCAGCUGGAAAGCAUCUAAAGUUGUCAUGAGUAAAGUGGAUGACUUCUUACAGACACUGAUUAAUUUUGAUAAAGAGCAUAUCCCUGAAGCCACAGUGCGUGUGGUCAAAGAAGAGUAUCUGAGGGAUCCAGAGUUUAAUCCAGAGUUUGUGCGUCUGAAAUCAUCUGCAGCGGCCGGUCUCUGUGCCUGGGUCAUUAACAUCAUACGCUUCCACGAGGUUCUGCUCCCUUACACUAUAAUAAUCAUUCAGAACGAAUGCAGUCUAAGUUACAUGAAAAAUUUCAAGAUCUUUCAUUUAAUACUUAAAAUCUUUUGCAAAAAAUCUGAUGUUUGGCAGUGUGAUUUCAGUUUUUGAGAACAGUUAAUAGGGAUUGCAUUGUUGUGUGACUCCCAUUCUCAUUGUGUUUGUUUUGUGAUUGUAUUAUUUACAGUAUAUUUUUCUGCUUCUCUCCUCUAUGCUGCUCUUUCCAGACAUAUGUGAGUAAACAACUGAUAAUCCGUUUAGAUCAAUAAAUCAUACAAUAACAUAGUACUUGAAACAAGAACAUUUCUGUGCAGCCUUAAAGACCAUAUGUAAUUAUUUAGUUUUGAUUGUAAUUAUUUUUGUAUAUUGUCCUUUAUACCCUACUCUUCAUAGGUUUUUAUCAGUAAGAUGAUUUUUUUUAGCAAAGAUGCAUUACAUUUAUUUAAAGUAAUAUUUGCCAUUAAAAGAAUACAUUCCAUUUAAAAAGAAAACAAAUAUAUUUUAUGUAAUGCUGUUGUAAUAUUUCAAAAAUUAUUCUUUUUACUGUAUUUUGGUUAAAUAACUGCAAUCUUGAUUAAAAAUCUUUCUGACCCCAUCCAUACUUUUGAACAGUAUGUAUUGAUUGUAGUCAUCUGUUAUGAUUAUU